AUGUUCAAGAGCGGUCUCGCCCGGACCUUCGGGAGGGCUGCCUAUGCCCGGCCGACCCCCGUCGCCCGCGCCUUCAAGCCUCUCCGCGCCAAUGCCCUGCCCGCCCUCUCUGCUCGCUUCGCCAGCUCGGAUGUCGCUCAGUCUGGCAAGAUUCACCAGGUUAUUGGUGCCGUCGUUGACGUGAAGUUCGAGGGCGAGAAGCUCCCUGCCAUUCUCAACGCCAUUGAGACCGAGAACAACGGCCAGAAGCUUGUGCUCGAGGUUUCCCAACACUUGGGUGAGAAUGUCGUCCGUACUAUUGCCAUGGACGGUACCGAGGGUCUCAUGCGUGGUGCUGUCGCCCGCGACACCGGUUCCCCCAUCAAGGUUCCCGUCGGUCCCGGCACUCUUGGCCGUAUCCUGAACGUCACUGGUGACCCCAUUGACGAGCGUGGUCCCGUCAAGGCCACCAAGUUCCUCCCCAUUCACGCCGACCCCCCAGAGUUCGUCGAGCAGUCCACCUCUGCUGAGAUUCUCGUCACUGGUAUCAAGGUCGUCGAUCUUCUUGCCCCCUACGCCCGUGGUGGUAAGAUUGGUCUGUUCGGUGGUGCCGGUGUCGGCAAGACUGUGUUCAUUCAGGAGCUGAUUAACAACAUCGCCAAGGCCCACGGUGGUUACUCCGUGUUCUGCGGUGUCGGUGAGCGUACCCGUGAGGGUAACGAUCUGUACCACGAGAUGCAGGAGACUGGUGUCAUCCAGCUCGAGGGUGACUCCAAGGUCGCUCUGGUCUUCGGUCAGAUGAACGAGCCCCCGGGUGCCCGUGCCCGUGUCGCCCUUACCGGUCUGACCAUUGCCGAGUACUUCCGUGACGAGGAGGGUCAGGAUGUGCUGCUCUUCAUUGACAACAUUUUCCGUUUCACCCAGGCCGGUUCCGAGGUGUCUGCCCUUCUCGGUCGUAUCCCCUCUGCCGUCGGUUACCAGCCCACUCUGGCCGUCGACAUGGGUGGUAUGCAGGAGCGUAUUACCACCACCCAGAAGGGUUCCAUUACCUCCGUCCAGGCCGUCUACGUGCCCGCUGACGAUCUGACUGAUCCCGCCCCCGCUACCACCUUCGCCCACUUGGACGCCACCACUGUGUUGUCCCGUGGUAUCUCCGAGCUGGGUAUCUACCCCGCUGUCGACCCUCUGGACUCCAAGUCCCGUAUGCUCGACCCCCGUAUCAUCGGUGACGAGCACUACAACACCGCCAGCCGUGUCCAGCAGAUGCUCCAGGAGUACAAGUCCCUCCAGGAUAUCAUUGCCAUUCUCGGUAUGGACGAGUUGUCCGAGGCUGACAAGCUCACCGUCGAGCGUGCCCGUAAGCUCCAGCGUUUCCUGUCCCAGCCCUUCGCUGUCGCCCAGGUCUUCACUGGUAUCGAGGGUCAGCUCGUUGACCUGAAGGACACCAUCUCUUCCUUCAAGGCUAUUAUCAACGGUGAGGGUGAUGACCUCCCCGAGAACGCCUUCUACAUGGUUGGUGACUUCGCCUCUGCCCGCGCCAAGGGUGAGAAGAUUCUGGCUGAGCUCGAGGGCUCUGCCUAA